CAAAAUAUUUAACUGUUUCUAUUUAGUAUUUUGAAAGUGUUUUAAAUAUUGAUUCAUUACGAGAUUUAAUAUAAAGACAUAAUAUUUGAAAUGAACAAAGCCAUGGAAUCAAUGGAUGGAUUUCGAGUGUCAAAAUUCGAGUUUAUGAUGUAUGGAGCAAUUUUUUUGGUUAUUGCAUUGUGGUAUUACUACAAAUGGAACCGUAAGGACGUUAAUAGAUUAGCAGCUAAACUAAAAGGACCUCCAUCAUACCCGAUCAUAGGCUCAGGGCUUGAGUUCCUCGGAACACCUCAACAAGUGAUGGAAAAUUUAUUAAAAUGUUUUCAAAAAUACAAUUCCGAACUGAUUAAAAUUUGGUUGGGUACAUCAUUCGCCGUAAUCAUCUACAAACCAGAAGAUUUGCAGAUAGUGUUAAAUAAUUCCAAAUCCCUGGAAAAAGGCAAUUUUUACAGUUUUUUUAAGAAUACCGUCGGCGAAAGUUUAUUUUCUGCUCCCGUUGAUAAAUGGCGAUUGCACCGUCGUAUAAUUGCUCCUGUGUUCAACAAUAAACUUAUGAAACAUUUAUUUCCCGUAUUUCAUGAAAAAAACGAAAUUCUCAUAAAAAAAAUUAGUAUAGAAGUAGAUAAAACACAACCGUUCAAUCUCUGGGACUACAUUGCAUCCACUAGUCUUGAUACCAUUUGUCAGACUAUGAUGGGUUAUAAACUCGAUACACAGUCAAAUAUAGAGUCCGAAUUCGCCAACUCCAUAAAAAUAGUAUCAGAAUUGGAUUUUAUGAGAACAUACAAACCAUGGCUUUAUCCAGAUAUCAUAUUCACAAUUUAUCGAAAAUGCAAAGGCUUGCAAAAUAUUUACAAAGAUUUACACAAAUUGCCAAAUCAGAUAAUAAAACAAAAGAAGGAAAAAAUUGCUCAAAGGAAAAUAAUAAAUAGAACGGAUGCUUCGGACGAUUCUUUCAAUAGAAACGAAAAAAAUAACCCAAAAGUUUUUUUGGACAAGUUAUUACAAUUGAACGAAACUGGUGCAAAUUUGUCCGAUGAAGAUCUUAGGGAUGAAGUUGUUACUAUGAUGAUUGCUGGUACUGAAACCACUGCCAUUACAUUAUGCUUUUGUCUGUUAUUAUUAGCUAUCCACCAAGAUAUCCAAGAUAAAGUUUACGAAGAAAUUUACGAAGUUUUAGGUGAAAAUGAUGAAUUAAUUACCUUUGAAGACACAUUUAAGCUAAAUUAUCUUGAACAAGUGAUAAAAGAAACCCUUCGAUUAUACCCACCGGGACCACUGUUCCUUAGAGAACUCCAAGACGACAUUAAGAUAUCUUCAAAUAACUACGUGCUACCGAAAGGAACAACGUGUAUUAUAAGUCCACUUGGAACACAUCAUAUUUCUGAAUUGUACCCGAAUCCUUGGUCUUUCGACCCGGAUAACUUCAAUUUCGAAAACGUCAUGAAACGUCAUAAAUACAGUUUUAUACCUUUUAGUAGUGGUCCAAGGAAUUGUUUAGGUGCCAAAUAUGCUAUGCUGUCUAUGAAAGUCCUAGUUUCUACGUUCUUGCGAAAUUACAGUGUGCACACUGACAUUAAAUUAAGCGACAUUAAAUUAGAAAUAGACCUACUAAUGAGAAGCGUUCAUGGAUAUCCAGUAACUAUCAGAUCGAGGGAUAGAAGGAAUAAUCGAAAAUAGAAAGCCUAGAUAACUACCGUGCACAUUUUAGUAUUUAAUAUUCAUUUAUUACUAUUUUCAAUAAAACUAAAAUUUAAGUCCUUAAA